AUGGAGUGGUCUAGGGGUCCCAUAAUCGGCCGGGGCUCCUCCGCCACCGUCUCUCUUGCCACCACCGCCUCCGGUCAGCUCUUCGCCGUUAAGUCCACUGAGCUCUCUACCUCCAGCUUCUUGCAAAAAGAACAACGUUUUCUUUCUCAGCUUAGCUCUCCCCACGUAGUCAAGUACAUGGGUUUUGACAUUAGCAAAGAAAGAAACAAGCCUAUGUACAAUCUUUUCAUGGAGUAUGUACCCGGUGGUACGCUUUCUAAUCUGAUUAAGAAGCGAGGAGGUUCACUUGAUGAGUCAAUGAUUCAAACCUAUGCUCAUCAAAUCCUUCAAGGAUUGGAUUACCUUCACUUGAAUGGAUUGGUGCACUGUGACAUAAAGGGUCACAAUGUUCUGAUUGACAAAGAUAGAGUGAAGAUUGCUGACUUGGGUUGUGCUAGAUUGGUGGAAGAAGAUGGAGGCGCCGCCACAUCCAUGUUUUCCGGUACACCGGUUUUCAUGGCGCCGGAGGUUGCACGCUGGGAAGACCAGAAAUUCCCAGCUGACAUAUGGGCUCUUGGGUGUACCUUCAUUGAAAUGGCCACCGGGUCUAACCCAUGGCCGGAGGCCAAUGAUGCUGUGUCGGCUCUGUAUCGAAUUGGGUAUUCCGGUGAUAUACCGGAAAUCCCAAGUUGGUUAUCGGAGGAGGCUAAAAAUUUUCUCACCAAGUGUUUGAUUAGAGAUUCAAAAGAACGGUGGACAGCUAAACAGCUACUGCAACACCCAUUUUUAGAUGGCUUGGGGACUAAUCCUCAGCAAGAAGAAAACCUUAAUCGGAAUUCUCCGACUAGUGUGUUGUCUCAAGGCUUUUGGGAUUCAUCAGAGGUGUCAGAAACUUCUCCAACUCCGACCGUUGUGGGUUCAUCAUCAAAUUCUUCGGCGGAGAGGUUCCGGCGUUUGAUCGGAGAUACUUUGUCAUCAGGUUUGAAUUUACCCAAUUGGACAGAGGAUGAGGAGGAUUGGGUGAAUAUUAGAAGCAAUCAAAUUGAGGAAAGUUUCAAACUUUACCAGCAAAAUUACGUCGUGGACGAAGACGACAGAGAGUUGAUAAAUGGAGAAGGAGAGUCAUUCACUUUUUCAAUUGCUAAUGGAGAAGAACUUGAGAUCUCAUUGGGAAAUGGGGAUUUGUUGUUAGAGUCCUACGUGGAUAACAUUAGCAGCAUUGAUCGUUCUUGUAUUAGUACAUACCUUGGGAAAUCAUGUGUAACAGUUAAAGAUGUUUUUGACCCGAAAGGGGUUGACUCUGAAUCAGUCCGAAUGGCUCGACUUUAUUCCGUCUACGUUAUCUAG